UGAUUCAAAGCUGAAACCAUGACUGGACGUGGAAAGGGUGGCAAGGGGCUCGGAAAGGGAGGCGCCAAGCGUCAUCGCAAGGUGUUGCGUGAUAACAUCCAGGGUAUCACCAAGCCUGCAAUCCGUCGUCUUGCCCGUCGUGGUGGUGUCAAGCGUAUCUCUGGUCUCAUCUAUGAAGAAACCCGUGGUGUGCUCAAGGUGUUCCUCGAGAACGUGAUCCGUGACGCUGUCACCUACACCGAGCAUGCUAAGAGGAAGACUGUCACUGCCAUGGACGUUGUCUACGCUCUCAAGCGCCAGGGACGUACCCUGUACGGUUUCGGAGGUUAAGCGUUUUCCACAACAACAACAAUUACAAGAAGGAAAACUACCACAACCACCAAAGCCAACCAGUAAAGCGACCCAAACAAAACCUUGGACCUAUCUUAGGUCCUAAUACAA